AUGGCGUCUUAUGAUAGCCUUGUGUCUACUAUCCUAUGGGCAAUCUUUGUCAUUCAAGUAAUUGAAUUCAGUCAUUCCAACGCUUCAACCAACGUUUCAACCAAUGUAAGCUGUAUUGGUGUAGAGAGGGAAGCUCUUCUGAAGUUCAAGCAUGGUCUCACAGAUCCUUCGAGACGCUUGUCAUCAUGGAUUGGAGAGGAAUGUUGCAAGUGGGAAGGAGUUGAAUGCAACAAGAAAACUGGCCAUGUCCUGAAACUUGAUCUUCAUAAUCCAUGUAUAGAAGAGAUCGACAUUAACGGCUUUGUACCUUCAGAUAAGUGCAAGCUAGGAGGUAACAUAGUUCCUUCUUUAACUGAAUUGAAGUAUUUGAAGUAUCUAGACCUCAGUGUCAACAACUUUUCAACCCAAAAAAUCCCAAUGUUCUUUGCUUCUCUUCAGAAAUUGGAGUAUCUAAACCUUUCAGAUGCAAGCCUCAAUGGAGAUAUUCCUAAGCAGCUCAGUAACCUUUCCAAAUUACAGUACUUGGAUCUCAGUAGAAAUCCCUAUACAGCCUUGAACGACUUUGACUGGGUGUCGAAAUUAUCUUCCUUGAAAUAUUUGCACAUGUCCUCUGUUGACCUUUAUAAGGUCAAAGAUUGGAUUGGUUGCAUUAACAUGCUACCAUCUUUGCAAUCUUUAGGAUUGAGCUAUUGUAAUUUGCAAGAUAUAUCUAGCUCUUUGCAAGCCAAUUUUACAUCUCUUAGAUUUCUCAGUAUCGGGGCAAAUCUUCUAAGUUCUAUUCCCCCAUGGGUCUAUAACUGUAGCAAGCUAGAACAUAUUGAUUUGUCCGGCCUAUAUGAGAUUAGGGAAUCUUCCGGUGGCAUCCAAGGCCAUUUUCCCACAGCAAUCAUCGAGAAUAAUCAAAGGCUUGUCUUCUUGGAUGUGUCUUGGAAUUCGCUACAAGGUGAUUUUCCCAAAAAUUUGAGCAGUCUUUGCAAAUUGCAAUCGCUACGAUUAAAUCAAAACUUCUUAAAUGGGAAUAUCUCUGACAUUUUAGGCAAUUCACUUGGUUGCUCACAAACUAAGUGGAAGAUCUUUGAUGUUUCCGCCAAUAAUAUUAGCGGCAACCUGCCAAAUCAAUUCAAAGAUUUCAAAGAAUUAGAGUACCUUGAUCUUUCAUUUAACUUGAUUUUUGGUUCUAUUCCUACUAAUUUGGUGGAGCUGUCGUCUCUAAGAACUUUCGAUCUUCGACAUAACAAAGUGAGUGGGACCAUUCCAGAGAGUAUUGGGCAACUAUCGAAUCUAAAGCAUAUCUUCCUAAGCCGGAAUUCUUUGUAUGGAGUUGUAAGCGAACUUCACUUUAAAAAUCUGAAAAGCUUAACCAGGUUAGACAUUUCUUCCAAUGAGCUCAUAUUGAAUGUGAGCUCUACGUGGAUUCCACCAUUUCAAGCUCGCAAUAUAUACUUGUUAGAUUGCAAAGUGGGACCCGAGUUUCCGAGAUGGCUUCAAACACAAAGGAACAUUACCAGAUUGAAAAUGUCAAAUGCGAGCAUAUCAGAUGACAUUCCCGAUUGGCUCUACGACAUUUUCUCUAACAUUGAAAUUUUAGAUAUCUCAAGCAACAUGCUAAGAGGCCAAGUUCCCCAAGAUAUCGGAGACAAGAUGCCACAGUUAACAAUAUUGAGACUUUCAGGUAAUGAUCUCACCGGUGGCAUUCCAAAUUCUUUGUGUAAGUUAAAUCGACUGUAUGGAAUUAGCCUCUCAAAGAAUCAACUGUCUGGGAAACUUCCUCGAUGUUGGGGAGCGUCGCAAGUGUUGGAAUAUUUGUUUUUUGGGGAUAACAAGUUAAAUGGCCAGAUUCCAAUAUCCUUGUGCCAUCUUCAGCAAUUGUCCGCUCUUAGCCUACACAGAAAUGGCUUUACUGGAGAAAUCCCAAACUGUUUGUUAAAUAUGCGGCCAAUGGAGGUCCUUGAUCUAAGCGACAAUGAAUUCACAGGUAGGUUACCACCAUUUGGGCCACAAUCAUCAAAUUUGUUAGUGAUCAAUUUAGAGAAAAAUCGCUUUGUUGGGGGCAUUCCUCCCCAAUAUUGCCAACUUAUACUUCUCCAGUUCUUGAGCCUAGCACAUAAUUACAUUUCUGGACCCAUUCCCAAUUGUUUUGACGGGUUCUUGUCUAUGGUUAAUGCGGAUGAGGUAUAUUUUUAUUUGUAUGGUGUCGAUGUUAUGGUUAACACAAAGGGAACUAGCCAAAUCUUUGGGAUUACGCUUGAAUACUUCCGCUCAAUCGAUCUUUCAGCAAACAUGUUGGAUGGGCAAAUACCAAAAGAGUUCACUAAGCUCGUCCGACUUCAAAAUCUGAACCUUUCUCAGAAUAAGUUGAGUGGAUAUAUCCCCUCAAAUAUUGGUGACCUGAAAAACUUAGAAUCUCUUGAUCUUUCCAGAAACAAAUUGUCAGGUACCAUCCCUCUGGGCAUAUCCAGCAUGGACUUCCUUAGUCAUCUCAAUCUGUCCUUCAAUAGACUCUCUGGCCCUAUUCCGUCUGGCAAUCAUCUACGCACCGUGGACGAUGAAUCGGUUUAUCGCGGCAAUGACAAGCUCUGUGGAGCUCCUCUUCUAAAUACUUGUCCUGGAGACGAGCCACCCGGUAGUGAUGGGUGCGACGGUGAUAAUUUCGGUGGAGAUAAGCCUAGCAAAGGUGAUUUCGAUAUCCGCAAUUGGUUCUAUGCGGGAUUGGGGCCUGGCUUUACGGUGGGAUUUCUAGGAUUUUGUAGCGUCCUGCACUUCAAGGGAUCUUGGAGGGUCUCUUACUUUCAAGCGAUGGAUAAGGCCAUUGAGAAAUUUUCAAUGACAACAAUGAUCCUCAAGAGAACAUUCCCACGACGUGAAAAGGAGCUUGUUUAG